GUUACAGUUUGUUUACAUCAGGUUUGCUGAACGGAGUAGUAAUGUUCAAAUGUUGGUUACAAACAGUAGCAAACAUGCAAUGAGUUAGAAUUUGGACACCACAGCUUUGAACGUUUAAUAGUGCAAUGCGUCGUACUGUGGAAACUGUAUGAACAGAAGUAGUGUUUAAUUAAGAGCGUAAUAUGGAGCUAAGCGAGGAAGACAUCAAUGUAGAAACGCUGAGAAAACAUAUUCAGUUACACCUGUAUGAAGCUGGCAUAAAAACUCAUGUUCGAGAACUUAUCAAUAAAUUAGGUGAGCAGAGUGUGGACUCAAACAGAGAAUUAGUUGCUCAAAAAAUUUUGAAUGCUUUACAAGGGAAAGGUAUUCUGGAUGAUGUCAUCAAAACAUUCAGUAGUAAGAAACCUGAAAAUUUUGCAGGUGGAUCAAGGAAGAAGGAAACCAGAGAACAUGAUGUUAACGGCACAUUCGUCCUGGGUGUGAAACAGUAUGCACUGCCAACAACAAAAUUUCAUGAAUCAUCAUCAAACAGGGAAGUCACAAGCAGCCCUGCAGACAAUCCAUCUGACAGACUGGGUCAGUUCAGAACACAGUUAGAAAUUGAAGUUAGAAGUGGAAAAGCAUUCAUUGACUUCUUGUUGGAAGAACAGCUGUCCUUAAAUAGCAGUGAUUCUUGGCUCAACAUUUUCUUUUAUUUCCGGGGUCAGAGACGUUGGGUUAAGCCCACAAUAUGUGCUUGUGAACCCCAGUUCAGUGGAAAUUUCACAUUUGAACUUAAUGUGCCACACAUAGGACAACUCUUGGCAAUUUCUGAUCCAAUCCAUAUGGUUCUUCUGAAGGUAUCAUCAUCUGGUGAGAGACGUCUUCUGUCUUCUCAUUUCAUGGAUUGGAGAGAGAUCCUUGUUUGUUCUCAGUCACAGAAAUGUUUCAUGGUGGAGUUUCUGGGAGUUGGAGCUGAAAAUACUAUACCAGUUGGAACAGUGGAAGUUAAAGCAUCACUGGUGCCUGCUUCAAGCCAGCCACUAUCACAGAAUGUAAUUACUGCCCAAAAGAAUUUGGAGAAGUCAGUGAGAACAGAAAGGUGCAAAAUAUUUUUGCUGUAUGCUAAAACAUGGUGGAAGGAUUAUUUAUCAGUUAGGUCAGAGCAUUCCACAAGAACUGUCAAAAUAUAUGCUCAAGAUGAAAAUUUGGAAACAAAGCCAGUAUUUACAUUCUUGAAGGCCAUAGAAGUGGGAAGACCAUUUUUGGAAACACCAAGACAAGCAGCAUGGUUUGUUUCACUGAUACCUUUAGAAAAUCCAGACGCAUCAAACACUUUACCCUUCAAUGGCCAUUGGAAUAAUCUUCAUACGUUUUUAUGCUGCAGGAAGGGUGGCCCUGCAGAUCAUGCUCUUCUCUUAUGCAGCCUACUGCUUGGGUUUGGCCUAAAUGCUUUUGUCUGUAUUGGCACAAAAGCUAAUGGCGGUCCAUGGGCAUGGGUUCUUACACAAGGAAACAAGAAAUAUGUCACAUUUUGGGAAAGUACGACUGGAACUCGCUAUAGACAUGAAAAUCCUUGUGGUGGCAAAGUACAACCCAAUAAAAAAGCUGAUCAUAACUACAAGACAAUUGGAAGUGUCUUCAACAACAGGCAAUUUUAUGCAUCAGUACAGGAAUCUGAUGCAGUAGAACAUUGUAACUUCAACUUUAAAAAUGAAUCUGAAUGGAAGAGCAUGUCAGAAGCAGCAAUAAAUUCUGUACUUGAAAAAGAACCACAUGUUCCUUUAGUUGGAGGAUAUCUAGAUGCAUUACAAAUAAGCAGGAACACACAAAAUGAACUGAAGAAAAAUAUAACAGAAAAGAGAAUGGAUUUUAAUCUACUGACACGCUGGGACCGAAAUCUGGAGCAAUAUUUGCUGCAGCUCUUAGCAUCAUAUGAAACAGCACGCCAGACUGGUACAGCUUUGGUUACAGAAGAUUUUGAAGAAAUUAUUGAUAGUAAUAUCCCAGAAGAUUUUACAUUUAGAGCACUGCCUUUGCAUGUUAGUGACAUUCCAGUGAGGCGAAUUUUUGGACAUUGCAUGAGGCAUCCUCUAAUACGGGAUAUAAUUCUCUGCAAGGAGCCAGAUGUGAAAUUAGCGUUAGGCGUCUCUGCAUAUGUUUAUCCAGAAAAUAUUCUUUCACUGUGGCUAAUAGUUGCCUGUAAAUACAGAAUAAUUAAAGAUAAAAAUUUGAUUUAGUUGA